AAUGAUCCAUUUAAUCUGUUUGUUUUUAAUUCCUCUGAUUUUUUAAUAUGUCAGAUCAGAAUGAUUUCAUUUGCCAUGGUACUGUAUAUGAAAUGAUAUUACCCUUAAAAGUAACAAAUACAUGCAACUAUUCAUCAUCUUGCAAAUAAUGCAUUAUUUACAAAUAAUGUUCAAUACAAAUGUUCUCUUUUAUAUUAACGCAUCAUCAUUUUUAAAUGUGUCACAUUUAUAAAACUUAAGGAGCUGUUGAUGAAACUGAUGUAGAAAAGCCUGUUCUGGUUUAAUUGCCUGUUGAUAAUUAAUGCUUCUUUAAAUUUGACAAUAAAAUGAAUAUUUAUUUCAAGGUGCUGACAAAAUGUAAAAUUGUAAUUAAAAUGUUCUGCAGUAAAUUGUGAAUAGAACUGUAAGGGAAAAGAUGAAAAUGUAAAGGUGUCCAAUGAAAAACAAAAGGAAAAGAGAUUAGAGGGAGAUUAGAGAUUAUACGUCUUUUCAGCAUUUUCCAGCCAUUUGUAUCAGGUCUCUGUGUGUUUCUGCUGGUCAUCAAAGCUGACAGAUUCACUGAAGAAGACAGGAAAACUGUGGAGGAAACUGAGAAGCUGCUUGGAGAAAAACACCUUAAUAAAAUCUGGAUUCUCUUGACUCGAGAUAUCAUGUGAUCAACCAAACUAGAUUAGGCCUACUACUGUACUGUACAUCAUUUGUGUUAAAGGCAUCGGACAGAGGGAUGCUUCACAGACGGAUCACAGUGGUCACAACAUUCACUUUUGAUUGCGAUGUCCCCAGCCUCUCACCCAGACGGCUUGUUCUUCUGGGUAAAAGUGGAGUUGGGAAGAGUGCAGCUGGAAACACAAUCCUGGGACAGAAAGAGUUCAGAUUUGUGAGGAGAAUGAAUUCAGUAACCAGUGAAUGUUCAGAAGCUCACGCCACUGUUUCAGGCAGAUCUGUGUCUGUAGUUGAUACUCCUGGGCUCUCUCACACAGAGAUGGAACCUGAAGAGUUAAUGACAGAGAUAGCCAGAAGUGUUCAUCUAUCCAGUCCUGGACCGCAUGCUUUUCUCAUUGUGAUCAGAGUAACAGACAGAUUCACUGAACAGGAGGAGGAGAUUCUUCAGCAGAUUGAGAUGAUGUUUGGUAAGGAGGUGUUAAAAUACUCCUUCAUUCUCUUUACUCAUGGAGACUGGUUAAAGGAAGAGUCCUUACAGACAAUCAUGGAGAGAUUCCCUGCAUUAAGACGUCUAGUUGAUCAGUGUGGAGGCAGAUUUCAUGUCUUCAACCAUGAAGAUGAGAAUAACAGAGAGCAGGUGAAUGAUCUCCUCCAGAAGAUUGACUCAAUGACAGAGCAGAAUGGAGGAGGACACUACAGUAACCAGAUGUUAGAAGAUGCUCAGAGAUUCAGACGAGAGGAAGAAGAGCAGAGAAAACCACAGGAGAAAGGUAUAAUGUUAAACAUUGGUCAGUUGAACCUUCCACGUGUUGGUGCAGUUUGUGGUGGUCUUCUUGGUGCAGCAGUUGGAGCUCUUGCUGGUCCUGUUGGUGCAGCAGUUGGAGGUCUUGCUGGUCCUACUGGUGCAGCUGUUGGUAAAGUUGUGGGUUCAGUUGUUGGUGUAGCUGCUGGUGAAGCAUUUGCUCGUAACAAGUAAUGUGGGACAAAUUCUCAUGGGCACUGGUGUAGGUGUCCUAAAAUCACAUUUCGACAAACAUUUUCCAAACUUCAAUUCAUCACCUUUAAUGAACAAUCCUUUCAGAGAUGUUACCCACCAAUAAAUCGAAAUGGCCAAACUGUCCCCCAAGUAUUUGAUAUCCUUGAUGCUGCACUGUUAUGCAGUGCUGUCUUUGUUGUUAGGAUGACAAAAGGUUUUAAAAGUUGCAUUUUUAGGCUCAUCUUCUGCAGUGAUCCAGCAUCAAUGUCAAAAUGAGUGAGAUGGCCAAUCAAAUCAAAGAAGCUGGGCUUUGCUGGGUGCAAAUUUCACCAUGAGUUUAGUUUUAAUGGUGAAAGUGUGUGUGAUAAGAUGGAAGUAGGUAAACAUUUCAAAUUUGACAUUUAACAUUUGUUUAAUGAUAGAAAUGUUUAACGACCGAGAGUCAUGCAAACUACUCCACUUUAACCAAAUUUCACCAAUUUCACGGCCUUGGAUUCCACACACACACACACACACACAAAACACACACACACAACACACACACAAACAAUUAUUAUGUAUUUUGAACAUCUGAAGAAAAUGCUGGAUAAUGGGAAGUUAAAAACAAUUUAAAAAAAGCUAUCCAUACAUGAGCUGAAUAUUAUUACAUUGUCUAGCUUGGUUUAGCUGCUCCGUGUACUUUGAUUUAUGUGGAGUGAUAUAUAAAUCAUUCAUAUCCUAUUGGUAUCUUAUUUGUAUUUGUUUUAUAUGUCUUUAUAUUUUUAAGAUUAAGCAUCAUUAAUUUGUAUCAUAAUGUGUGCUGGUAGCAGUGAGUGAGAGAGCUUUUCGCAGACAUUUCUAAAACGAAUAAGAGUUUAAUGUCUUUAUGCUCUUGAGAUUUAACACAUUACAUGCAAUUCUAUUCCUUUUUGCCUUUUUGAAAUAAAAUUUGUGAUUUUAAUACUUAAUAAAGUAAUUUAUAUUCAGCAUAGCCCAAACUUGUUUCUCAUAUGCAAUUGUUUACCUUUUCAUAACAAUGACUGAAUUAUUACCAGCAUGUAUAACAUUAUAAUACAGCAGUCAAACUUAACCUCAUCCACAUUGAGUUCAGCUGGGCUCAUGUUGUAUUUUAUGCUUUUAAACAGGGUCAUUUUGCAAAGCCUGAACUAAUCAAAUAAAUGCGUAUGAAUGCAUUUUGCUUUUCAAGUCAACUUAUCUUCAUUCAAGAAUCUUAGACAUUUGGAGUAAUGCUAGUCAAACCUGAAUUAAAAAGUAAUGGAACUCUGUAGGAAGUUGUAUUUUCUAACUUUGAAAUGUUGCUAAUAUUGUUCAUUGCUACCUAAACGUACAAAUAGAGCAUAUUGACGCAUUGUGUUCCCUUCAGUUUAUUCCUUAAAUUGUCUUUACUUGGUCUUAAACAAGUCUUAAAGUUCCCCUGGAGUCAAUAAUUUUAUCCCUUAAAACUCAUUUUGAUCUUUAAAAAUACAUAUUGAAACUUUUAUUUUUCUGUGAAAAUAAUUUUGUCAUGUCUCAAAAUAGCUUUAUUGUAACUCUACACACUGGCUUCAUUAGAAUACAGGGAACUAUGAAUAAGUAAAUUAGUCCCUCCUCCACUGAGUGUACCAGCAGCUCCGAUGUUUAAGUGAAUAAAAUAGCCUUGACAGCCUUGGAGUUCCACAACUAUUAACUAUUGUUCUCUCUCACUGGACGUACGUGUGUGUGUGUGUGUGUGUGUGUGUGUGUAUGUGUGUGUGUGUAGGUGAUGUAAACAGAUAAGCAGGCAUUUGGACCAAAGCACUGUGAGGCAAGGGAGGGGGAGACUCAGAAUGUUUCUAAACUUAAAACACAUUUUUGCCCUGUUUGCGUUUGUUGUUUUACUAAUUACACAAUUAUUAUAAGUAUAAAUCAUUGUUAUUUGCAAUACACAGCGUGGUUUUUAAUCUUUUCCACCUAUGAGUGUAACGAUUCAUCAGACACUAAAACUGUCAAAACUGUUUUGGUUGUUUCUACAUGAUUAUUAACCUGCACUCAGUAAAUUACAUGUGCCCUGUAGUAAGUAUCAGAGUGGAUGAUUGUUUUUAUUAUUUAAUUGUGCUGAAGGAAUGUUAAAAUGGCAGACCUACUUAUUUCAAAUGUUUAACAGCUUCUACAACUAAAAACAACUUAGAUGACUUGGAUUUUCAGUACAGCACUUCUUUAUUUUAGUAAACGAAUUGCAAUUUGAAAACAGUUUUUGCCCUGUUCCAUGACAGUCAAGCAUUUGAGUAUUUUUACACACUCUGUCUAAACCUGUCAGUGCUUGUUUUCAUCAUGGCCUUUAUUUUUCUCAGCAAGAUUUCAUCAUUAUUUAAACAGGAAGUCAUUGUUAUCUCUAUCUGACCACAAAUUUAAUCAGAGAUUCAACUGCUUGACUACAAAAAGUUUCUCAAGGGAAAGAAAAAAAUGAACUAAUGCGUUAGUGUCACAGUCACCAGUUGAACCACACUACAUUUCCCAGCAUCCUUCUGGUCACUCACCUGCACUCCAUCUGGAAUCACUCACACCUGACCAUCAUCAGGGAAUCCACUAAUCAAGCUCCCUAUAAGACUUCACUCAAGCCAUACCCUCAGUGACUACGUUUACGUGGACAUCAGUAAUCUAAUUAUUUACCUUAUUCUGAAUAAAACAAUAUUAUGAUUAAGGUGUUUACAUGAGUUGCUUUUAGAAUAAUCCCUCCAUGUUCCUGUUUUACAUGUUAUAGUACAUAGAUCGAUUAAUGGCAUGUGUCAUUACGUCACCACGCGACGCUAUCCGACGUCUCCUCCAGAAUUUCACGUACAAACAUAUAGUUCGUCUUCGUGAUGAUGCCAUAUGCAGUUUUGGGUGUUUCAUUUUUAAUUUUAUGAACGCUUCAAGUGCAGUUAAUUAUUUGUUCGUGCAAACAGACGACGGCGAUGUUGAAGCUCUUUCAUUUGCCGUCAAACGGUUGAUCGCUGCCGUGUGUGUAUCCUGUCGCAAAAUGCGGCGGAAAGUCCUACAGGACGGUAAUAGUUUGAUUAAGGUGUGUACAUGUCUGUACUGCACUUCAAUUAUGCGACUAAAAUAGGAAUACUCCACAUGUAUUAAUUCGAUUUGUGUUUACUUCGAUUAUGACUUUAGCCGGAUUAAGGUCAUCAAAAAUCUCUGUUUACAUGGUAGACUCUUAAUCAGAGUAUUGUCUUAAUCGUAUUAAAAUCGGAGUAUUGAUGUCCAUGUAAACGUACUGAUUGUCUGGUCUUGAGGUUACAAGCUCUUCAUCUGUCUGAUCGCUUACCUGCUGGAUCUCUGUGGCUCCAUGGAUGUCUUCCUCAGUUGAUUCCACUAAGAGGGAAAGAUAAGGAUGCUUAAUUCCUCAGUUUAUUGAGCUUCAUUGAACUCUGAGUUAUUGCACUUACCUUUUGAUGUUGCCUUCAGUUUGGUUAAUAAAGAAGCUCUUACCUGACUUACCCUUGUGUGCCCCUCCCUCCAAUGUGUGACCGUUAGCUAAUAUUAACAAAUGAGAUGAUAUUGUAAUGUAUUAGGUGUACCAUUAAUAUUGUUAUAAAUUCAGCAACUCUGUGACCACAUAAAGUCUUGCUUUUUUAGAGUAGAAAAUGAUGUAUUACAGUUUUACUGUGUGUAGUCUGUAAAGUGUUUAUGGUGUUUAAACUUGUUUUUAUGAAUGCUUACUUGGCUGUAUUUAAAACUCCUCUAUAAAGAGCAUAAAGAUAUGUUUUUAGAAAGUGAAUGAGGGUGUAGGGUGUGAUCUGAAACACAGCCUCUGAGUGUCGACUCUGAGCGCUGUUACUUCACAGGACUGCAGAAGGAUACUUUCUCGAAAACAACAAAUAUUACCCAGAGUUCAUUGUUUUUACAGGAUUUUACUGUUGUAAUGUAAAAAUAGGAUGUUACUGUCAGAAUAUGGUCGUUUUAACAGAAAUUUAUUACAGUGCAGCAUGAUGUUAAAGCAGGGCUCUACGUCUUUGUUUUGUAGCAACCGAUGCAUCAUCGUCAGGAUCAAACCUUUCCCAUCGGCAAAGAGUUCAAAAACAUUCAGCCAUCUUGUCCACCACAGACCUAAUGUGGCUGGAUUGCUGU